CGCAUUGCAUUGCCGUAGUAUUUCAUAUUUUACGGCAAUUUUAAUUUAAACAUUUUAAUAUAAUUGUAAUUAUUACAAGUCUCUAUUUUAGAAACUACUCAAUAAUUUCUGUGUAUACAGUGGCUAUUCCAUUUGAAUUUAAAUUUAGGAUUUGUAAAUAUCGAUCAAUCGUAAAGGUUAUGUUUUGAUUUACCACGUGAAUUUUUACCUAAGAAACUUUGAUUACUUCAGUAAUUUAGCCUAAAAUCCAAACACGUAACUUUUAAAAAACUUAAAAAGACCAUCUGAGCAAGAUGGGUCAAAUGGACGAUGAGUUUUAUUCGGGAGUUGACGACGCAAAAACCAGUAAAAGUAAAGACCCCUCUGAACGCACUGGCAGGAUAGUUGUGCGGAAUAUAUCCUUCAAAGCGACUAAAGAAGCGUUGAAGGAGCACUUCGAGAAGUAUGGAACUGUGCAAGAAGUGAAUCUGUUGAAGAAACCUGAUGGGAAGCUGGUGGGAUGCGGAUUUGUGCAUUUUGCUGAUGUUGCUAUGGCGGAAAAAGCUAUUGCAGCUACUAAUAAGAAGCCUUUUCUAGAGCGCCCCAUACAUGUAGCGUUUGCUGUAUCAAAGAAGGCUUACGUACAAAAUAUGGAGAACAAUGCAAGACAAAGGUUUAACGGUAACACUGAAGAUGAACACAAACCUUUUAAAAGAGAUAACACAGAAAAUGAAGAAAAACCCAAAGAAGAGAAGCAGAAAAAGGAAAGAGUCAACCGGAAUGCCCGUCUUAUUAUCCGUAACAUAUCUUUCAAAGCCACAGAAGACACAUUAAAAGAGCAUUUUGCACCUUAUGGAGACAUCUUAGAGGUCAAAUUGCUAAAGAAGCCGGAUGGCAAGCUAGUGGGUUGUGCUUUUGUACAUUUCAAGAAUGUGCCGAUGGCUAAAAAGGCUUUGUUGAACACUAAUAUGAAACCAUUUUUGGGCCGGCCAAUAUCAGUGGACUGGGCAGUCGCCAAGAACAAGUAUAUGCAGCACAUGGUGAACCAACAGCUGGAGAUGGAAGAAAACAUUAAGAAGGAGGAGUCAGACAGCGAUGAUGAUGAUGAUAAGCCUCCGCUGAAUGUGUCCAGCGAAGAUAUUAAGGAUGAAGUUAAGAGCGAGAGUGAUUCAGAUGAAAAUUCAGAUGAUGAUGAAGAAGAAAGUGGUUCAGAGAGUGAAGAUGACAAGAAAGUGGUGAAGAAAGUUAAGAAAGACUCGGAUGAUAGCGACGCGGAUAGUGACGAAGAUGAUGACGAAGAGGAUGAUGAUGAGGAUGAAGAAGAUGAGGUGGAUGAUGAUGAAGAUGCAGAGUCUGAAGUCAAACCGGAAUAUCAGAGAAUAAAACUCAACGACGCCGAAGACGGUUGCACGGUGUUCGUAACGAACAUACCGUUCAGUAUUGACAAUGAUCAGCUGCGAGAGUUCGCCGAGAGAACAGGUCCGGUGAAGUACGCGCUUGUAUGCGUCGAUAAGAUGACUGAGCACUCUAAAGGCUCGGGGUUCAUUAAGUUUGCUGAUAAAGAGCAUGCAGACACAUUCCUAUCGUUACCCGCCGACCAGCUGAAGCUAGAAGGUCAGACCAUGAUGGUGAAGCCAGCACUCAAGAGGGAAAACCUGCAGAAAGGGAACAAGAAGGAGGCCAAGGAUAAUAGGAACCUUUACUUGGUUAAAGAAGGAGUGGUAGUAGCCGGCACGAAGGCCGCGGUCGGCGUGUCGGCGUCCGACAUGGCCAAGAGAUUAGCUCUCGAGCGUAGCAAGACACAGAUGUUGAAGAAUUUGAACAGAUUCGUAUCGCGAUACCGUCUCGUAGUAUCAAACCUACCGGCGCACUUUGACGACGCGAAGCUGCGUCGAGUCUGCGUGACGGCGGCCGACAAGCGCGCCACGGUGACAGAGUGUCGCGUGAUGCGGGACCUGCGCACUCCUACAGGCAGCGACGGGAAACACCCAUCAAAAGGCUACGGCUUCGUAAUGUUCACGCGACACGAAGACGCUCUAGCUUGUCUGAGAAAACUGAACAACAACCCUGAUAUCUUUGAUAAGAAUAAUAGGCCCAUAGUAUCUUUCUCCAUAGAGGACAGAACAGCAUUAAACGCAAGAAAGAAAAGAUUAGAGAAAUCCAUAGCUAACAACCCUCUAGCUAACCAAAAUGGCGACGAAAACGACAACACUAACAGGAAAAACAGGAAACGGAAACCAGAAAUAUCGCCAGACGAGAGUUACGCUAAAAGACGGAAAUUCGGCAAAUUGAACAAGUUCAACAAAAAUAACCAAGACGGUGAUAAUACUAGAAAAUAUAAUGAAAAUCAAAAUGCUGAUAGGUUUAACAAAAACCAGAAUCAAGGCCAAAAUGGUUUCAACAGAAAUAACAAUAAUAAUCAAGGGGGCAACAGAUUUAAUAAGAAUAACAGAAACCAAGGCACCCGUAGGAAUGAAUCAGGAGAAUUUGUAAGAAAACCAAGAAACUUUGAAUACGGAGAAUUCACAGGGUUAACAGCGAAAGAAGGCUCGCAACACAAAAUGAGGAGCAACCAUAAACUAAAAGCACAGGCCGAAAUCCAUAGACAAACUGUCAAAACAGAGAAGAAGCAGAGUAAGAGAGCGCAGAGACUCAAAAUGGCGGCUAAAGAGAGAAUAAAGUUGCCAAAACAGAAAAUUAAUAAAAAUCCUAAUAAAAAGAGGAAUAAGAACCACAAUCGAUCCAAGUUUGACAGGUUACUAUAAUCUGUGGUUAUAAAAAAAUUGAGUGUCUCUCUGCCUAAUGUAUUUAAGGCAAUUGUUGUGUAUAAGUUGAGUACACAUGAAUUUAUAUAAUUGUUGUAAAUAAUGUACUAAGUUAAAUAUAUAUUUUUGUCUUUGA